CGAGAGACCUCGUCCGUCUCGCUCCGUCCUGGUGCUUUUCCCCAUCCCCGUUCCCAGAACUGCCGCCGAUACUCCACUGGAGGAACAACUGCUCUCAAGACAGCUCUUCGCCGCACGUUAACCGUCUUCUCGGGCACCCGCUCUCUUCGCUCAUCUCUGUCGUUUCCCGGUGACGGCGGGGCAAACGGAAACGGCACACUUUCUCACCUUCGAGGUUUCGCGUCACACUUCCCGUAAUCUCUGGUCGGCUGGGAAACAAUGUUCUACACAGACGUCCUUCUGUCAAAGAAGGGUCCGCUGGCCAAGAUUUGGCUGGCUGCCCAUAUGGAACGCAAGUUGAGCAAGACACAAUUCCUGCAGGCCAACCUCCCGGCGUCUAUCGAUACUAUCAUCCAGACAGGGGAGGAACCGAUGGCUUUGCGUCUAUCUGGUCAGCUCCUACUCGGAGUAACACGUAUCUAUUCUCGCAAAGCACGAUAUCUCUUGGAGGACUGCAAUGAAGCCUUCGUGAAGAUUCGCCUGGCGUUCAAGCCGGGCAUGGUCGACAUGGCUGGCGAUCACGCUGUUGCAAACGUCAAUGCAAUCACAUUGAACGAUGCGAUGACGGAUUACGGAAUGCUGCUGCCGGAACCUUCGUUCGAUCUGAACAUGUUCAUGCAACCCAACGCUCAAACCGGCACAUCACAGUCCAUGUCACGUACGCAGGACAUCACGCUUGCAGAGCCUAGCCAAACGUCAUUCCGCGCAGCGCACGAGGAGCUGCAGGAUAUGUUUGGCAUUGAUCUGUCUACCUCCCACGUGGACCCGAACGCAGCGGACGAUGGCUGGAAUCUAGAUCUGGGGUUCGGCGAGCCUGAGAGGCCGGCAGGUGCGACUAUGCCAUCCAUCUCGGACGCCUCUAUGCCCAUGUCCAGCAGCAACUUCGACGAAUCGCUGGAGGUUGAGCGUGGUCGUGAUGCGGUUGCCGAGCGCCCGUUCUCGCCGCGACGCGAUAGCAUCUCACUUGACCAGUCCUACACUAAGGACCCGUCGGCGAUGGACAUUCCUGAGCCAUCAUUCGAUUUGGCGGCGGCUGGCGAUUUGUUGGGUGGAGGUGGGCCCAUGCAGAUGGAUCUUGAUACGGCGCUCCUUGACGACCAGCUGCCAUUCCCGGAUGUUGAGCUCCCUGAAGUUCAUCAGUCGGCGGCGGGAGCGACCGAUGAUGUCACGAACAGUUUGCAAAUCGAGACGAUUGCGCCUGUGGACUUGAAUGAGGAGCAGGACGAGAAUGCCAUUGCAAAGUCAAAGAAGGCGCAAGCGAAGAAGCGAAAGCUGAUCAUUGACUCGCAGACGGAGAUUCCUUCGGAACUCAUUCAGCAACAGCUUCGUGACACUUCUGACAUUCUCGGAGUGGAACGCUAUGUGCCCAACUCACGCAAGAUGCAGCAACUCCUCGACAUUCGCAAACAGGGUGCCUCGUACUUUAUCGCUCGCGCCACGUUUGACUACAUGCCCGCGGAACUCCACAUGCUGUUCCGCAACAAAUGGAGGGACUUCACUGCGCCGGAGUUCUCGGCGGAUGCGGAGUCCCCGGCGAAGAAGCGCAGGGCAUUGAAGGAUGUUAGCGAGAAGGAGAAUGUGGCUGGUUUGCUCAAUGAAACAUCAGCGUUUAACGAUCAAAACCAAGAAGAAUACCAGUUCGGCAAUCUUGACCUUCCCGACAUUUCUGCCGCGCCCAUGGACCCAACCCUUUCGCUCGGCGGCGGGGGCAUGGACUCCUCCACCAUCGCAACAGGCAACACCUUCCCCAGCGCCGCACUCCAACCCGAAGAAGAAGAAAUCGAGGGCGAACCCUCCAACAAGCGUCGCAAAACCGCUCCCUCCUCCCCCUCCGCCUCCACCACCUUCCUCCCCGACGACCUCACAAACACGCUCACCUCCCUCGUCGACGAAUCCCUCAUCGCCCCCGACGAAGACGACACCGCCAACAACCCACAAGGCUUCAGCCGUAGCACAGUCGCGACCGUGCGAGACAUCCAGUCCCGUGUCCCCCGCAACGAGGCAGGGACGACGACGCUGAGUUAUAAUGCGAUAACUGCUGGUGCCGGGAGGACGGAGGCUGCGCGGCUGUUUUUUGAGCUGUUGGUGUUGGGGACGAGGGAUAUGGUGGGCGUUAGGCAGGAGAGGGCCUAUGGGGAUGUGGAGGUUAGGGCGAAGGAGGCGUUGUGGGGGGCUGUUUAGUGGAGGGGUGUUGGCACUGGAGAGUGAGGAAGGAGAAGAAAGGAGGGAAAGCAAGGGAAAUGGAUGCUGGGAUGGGGUGGGAUGGGUUUAUGUCAACAGUGGGAGCUGGAAGAGCAACUAUCGACAUGUUUACGAUUCCCCUGUGUCUGUCUACGGACACAGGAUUUCGAGCCGGAAAGAUGUUUCGCGCAGGAAUUGGAAGCUUAUCAACGUUAUCACCCACACGAAGAAUCAUGCCGGCACAACAACUCAUGGACGUUAAUGGAGGCGUUCAAAUGUUCUACCUCACGUAGUAGGCAAAAUCAAAUAGCUUAAGCGGUGUUGCUUUCAACUUUCUUGUUUUGUUUUAUGUACUAUAAUGAACAUUUGGAAAAAUACAUAUGGAUUUUGAAGCUUGAA